GUUGUACUGACAGUCUGAAAGCUGAUGUCACUCUUGGAGGGCGAUUAUCUGACUACACAUCAGCUCUGAGUAGAAGUGGUGCUGCCUGUUCUUCUUACUUUGACACCAACUACAGCGUUCCCAUCUGCUGAGACAUGGAGUGUCAGUGUGAGAAAGACACCCCUGAGGAUGCAGGCUGGUGGAUGAACACCAACAGUGUCCAGAUGGGACUUUUUACCGUGGUGGGGUAUCUUCUCUACAGGUUCUCACAGACUCUCCCAGCUCUGAUUCGAUGGCCGAUUCGUCUCUUUUGUUCUUUAACUGGUCUGUCAGCUCUUUGGGGGUGGAUAAGUCGGCUUGUGGGAACCCUCCGAGUAAUCCAGACCUUGUUUAAGUGGCUGUCUCGGAUUUGGCGCUUUUUAGCCACAUUUUCCUCAAGGUUCAAGUGGAUCGCUGCUGUCAUCAAAGCCAUCAACAAGUCAUCCAGAGACGGGUCUUUGAACUCACAGAAUGAUCAAGUAAUUAGCAGCUUGCUGAACCAAAUGCUUGAUCCCUCUGGCGGCAGUAUUCCCAAGAAACCAGGUCUCAGGCUGGUCCUCCUGGGGCUUCCUGGUGGAGGACGGACUUCCUUAGCAGAUACUUUAAUGAACACCAGUGAGAGAAGCACCAAAAGGGUUCCUCUAAAGGAGAGUACUGUGCAAAGGGCUUUUAUAGAUGGUAGAGAACUUAUAGUAAUUCAGACCCCGGAUCUUUUGGGGACGUCACUAGGGAACAGAGAGAGAGCACUGGAAGUUCUGAGGAGUGUCCAGCUCGCCAGUCCCGGACCACAUGCCUUUCUACUGGUGAUGCGUGCUCCAGGCUUCACCAAGGGGGCUGAGCAGGAUGCUGCCCAAGCAGUCCAAGCCACAAUGGAACUGUUCGGUGUGGAAGUCAAGAGGUACAUUAUCCCAGUGCUCACUCAUGCAGACCGUCUGGGUCGAAGGAACACUUUAGAUCAGCUGCUUGAUGCAGAUGCUGGAAAUCUGAAAAGGGCUGUGGCACUGUGUGGCCAGAGGCCUGAACUGGUGGAUAACAGUCCCGACCGCCCUGCAGAGGAAAGAAGUGUUACACGCAGGCAGCUGGUGGAGCGCGUGAUGGAGGUAAUGGAGCUGAAGGGGCAUUUUGUCCACGAGCUACAGAGAAGAGAAGACCACAUGAGGGAGGUGCUGCUGGCUGAUAUGACCUCUGCACUGGCUAAAAGACUGGGAUAUAUGUAGAGAGAGAAGAGAAGAAGAAAGGGCAUUAUGUGCAACAAGUUGGAAAGAUGGUGGAGGUGGAGGUGUUUGCCACUGUUCAGCAGUGGACAGUGGUAUGUAUUAUAGUUUCCAACAUACCCUAGAUUGUUUAAAAUAUAUUUCAUAUUAAUUUUUAUAUUCUUAAUUAGAUUAAUCCAUCAAUUUUUCAUCACUUUGUGUUCUCCAGACGGCUGUUUACAGCUACUAAAUGCUUAAAUGUUUACUGUUUACUUUUCUCAGCAAAGUACUGAUUGCUGAUUAUGUGGCCCAAAUAUUCAG